AAUCACUUCACUCUCUCGAUAUUGAAGUUGAUUAAUCUCUGAAGCCUGAAUUUGUUACUUGUUAUUCGAAGAAACAGACCAACCAUAAUGGCUGUUGUUUCGUCUAGGUCCUUUGUUUGUUGUCUCCUUUUCCUUUUCAUUGUCGUAUCUCAAGCCAGCGCCCAGUAUAACUAUGUAUACUGCGAUAACAACGAAGGUAACUACACAGCCGGUAGCACUUAUCAAACCAACCUCAACACCCUUCUAUCCAAUCUCACUUCCAACACACAAAUCGACUAUGGUUUCUACAAUUUCUCUUACGGCCAAAACAGUGACACGGUAAACGCCAUUGGGCUGUGCAGAGGAGACGUUGAGCCAGACGAGUGCCGCAGUUGCCUCAGCGAUGCCAGAGACAAUCUUACACAGCUUUGUCCAAACCAGAAAGAGGCUAUUUUGUACCAUGACAGGUGCAUGUUGCGCUACUCAAACCGCUCAAUAUUUGGCUUAAUGGAAACUCAACCUUCGUACUAUAUGUGGAACGCAAACAAUGCAACGGAAGUGUACCAGUUCAAUCAAGUUCUCAACAACUUGCUGAGGAUUCUAACAGGCAUAGCUGCAUCAGGUGACUCUCGUCGAAAGUAUGCAGCGGCAAAGGCAGAUGCUUCAAAUUAUCAAACCAUAUAUGGUGUUGUUCAGUGCACUCCUGACUUGCCUCAACAAGAAUGCUACCGCUGCUUGGUUGGGGCUAUUGCAGAAAUCUCAGCUUGUUGCAGCAGCAGGAUAGGUGCUAGGGUUGGCAGACCCAGUUGCAAUAUCAGAUACGAAAAUUACAGCUUCUAUGAACCUACUGCAUAUGCACCGGCCCCUGCCCCGUUAAUGUGAUGCGUCACUUCCACCAUAUCCAUCUAUAUAAUACUUAUACAAAAUUAUUCGUAAAUAAUGAUUGUGAUAGAUUGAAUAAAGGUGGCUACUAUUACUUAGCCAUAUAUGAUUUAUGCGACCGCCCUAGGAAUAAUUUCU